AUGCCUGAAAAACGCCCCGCAUUCAGCCGCGUCCUCGGCCUCUUCGAUUGGGAGUAUGGUGCGGCCUCGUCACCUUCGGCGUUCGGCUCGCUCUCUCCACCACCGACUCCAACGACCAUUUCACCCAGCUCGAGUACCAACUCAAACUCGCGCCGCCCACUCCCUCCUGCCCUACGCUCGCCACGCUCAGCCACCUUCCCUCCUCCUACUCUAACCUACUCCCCCUCUUCCAUCAACUCUGCACAACCUUCUUCCAUCUCUCCACCAAUCACACCCUCACCGUCGCUCAUCACCACCUCCCCGCCACCCACCCACUCCUCUCUUCCCCCGAUCCCCACGCCCCCGUCCACAAGUCCGCGCUCAUACCCUUCCUCGCUAAGCAUACCCCCUGCCAGCCCAGGUGUCAAGGAGACCCGCUUCCCAGCCGUGCCCACGCCGCCCUCCAUGUCGCCGCGGUCGUAUCCCUCGAGCAUGAGUAGAGCUGAGGCUCCUCCACUAACACCGCCCGACCGGCAGGUCACCUUCAGUCAAACCCCCACACCGAGCCGGCCUGGUAGCCUUAAUAGCACCACGAGCAGCGCCAAGAAGGCCUCGAUCGGCCGCGUCCACAACCUCUUCUCCAACACCCCGCGUAACCGCGUGCCGGCUGCGGUCGCAGUCGCUAGACCCGCCCCGCCCCUCCCCUCGUACGAAAGUAUCCAGGUCGUCGCCCACCGACCCGAGGACAUUGCCGCCGUACGCUCGUCACUCGCCCAGCUCCAGCUCACGUGGAGUCUGUACCGCGAACUCGGCCGCCCGUCCAACCUCGCUGAAGCGCUUGAACGCCAGCUCGGCGCUGUGGUCGGCAACGUCGACCGUCUCGCCGACCUUCCCCCCUUCACCAUUACUGUGCCCAUCCAGCGGCGCGACUAG